AAAAAGAGAGAAAAUGAACGAAAUCAAUAAAAAUACAAAAGAUUUGUUUAUUCAAGCGUGAGUAAUGGGAUAGUUAUGUUUCGACUGCAAAAAAAAUAUAUAAAAACAUUCUUAAAAGACCGUAUUUUUUAUAUUUUUUAUUUUAUUUUCCUUACACGCUAAGUUGACAGUGAAAUCGAAAUAAAAUGUUAUUAAACUUCGUUUAUUCAUCAUUUUUUUAUAUUAUUACGAAAAUGAUAUUUAUCGGAAAAAUUUACUACUUUUCCUUGGGUAACGUUCUAAUAAAAAUCAAAUUUGAUAGUUAAUCCGGUCAUUGUAAAGUAAGAAAAAAAAAAAAACGAUGUUUGACUGGAGCCAAAUAUCUUAAAUCAGCUCACAUUGGUUAGGACAAGUGAUUGAAAAAGCAAAAGAAAAUGCAUUCAUUGGAUCUGCUGACAGUAAUUCGUAUAUGUAGCAUAUCGUAUAUAUCUGAUAUAGAUGGAUCAUGCAUAUUUUCAAAUCAAACUCACAGCUGUUAGGUCAUAAGCGUUGCUACAACAAUAGGACGGACGGAAACAUAAUCUAAUCCUAAUAAAAUAUAUAUUGUUUUUACUGAGAAUGUGUAGCCCAUGUCUUGCAAGCGGAAGGACAUGUAAACUAUAACCUCAAAUUUCGAUGGCAUCAACUCGUUUUCUCACCAAAUAUUCACGAAGCCCAUCCUUAUGUAAAGUGCACAGAUCUUUAGACAUUAAAGUGAAAGCUUGUGAAAAUGGAAUUCCGCGCAUUCACCUGAUUUUUGAAAUGAAUUUUUUGAAAAAAAUUUCGUCAUAAUGUAAUAAUCCUUUGAGACUAAAUCAACGUUUGCUUAGUUAACAUAAUGAUCCAAAUAUACCGGUUGUGUGUGCUCGCGCACAUAGUAGCAACUCUUCCCGCUAUAGAAGCAAUGGCAACUGCUUUCAUUAGAGAGCAACUAGAACAUAAACAACAGCAGCCACAAACUAUAAUAAAUGCUAAGAACUCUGCAAGUUUCGCAGAAUAUAAUGACAAUGAUAAAGUAUCUAAUAAUGAGACUACGCUGGUAUCGGCCAAUACCUACACGGGAUACAAUCACGUAAUUGACAGGUCAGCUGAUUUGCAACAAGGGAAACAGAAAGUUUCAAUAUCAUCUGAAUUAAAUCCGUAUUACAGGACAGAUGAUGGCGUAGAAAUUUUAAAAUAUCACAAAAGUCCAUAUAGUAGCAAUCUAUCGGCAACAAUAGGACCAACGGUAGUAUAUCGUAAUUUAAAUGCACCUGAAAAUUUAAAUUCAUUGAAAAGUCACGAAACAAUGCAAAAAUUGGAGACAAAUGAUGAAAAAUGUAAUUGGCAAAUGAACAACUCAGCGAUGGUAACGGACAACGCGUUGCCUGAACCGGUAAAAGCAACGGAAAUGAAAACAAAUGUUACUGCGAUUCAUGUGAUAGCAUCAUCACAGCAUGCAGAUAAAGUUCCGUGGGUGAGUAAACAAUCCCAAAAUCCAAAUAUUAAUGGUAGAGAUUUAAAGACCUCACUAGCGUUGACGAUGAUGAUGAUGAUGAUGAUAAAGGCAACAAAAACUGAAAGCGUAAACAUGCAAAAUACUGAGGAUUAUACGAUGACAGAAAGAAACUUUUUCACCAAUGGAAUUAAGAAUAAUAAUUUACACGCAACCAUUCAACAUCAAGACACUCGAGCGGAAAAAGAAUCCAGCACCGAAAUGAGUAUGUUAGAAAGUGAAAAGCAAAACGAGGGAAAUUUAAGUAAAACAAAUAAUGCCAGCCAUGUAAGUACAAAAGUACACGCAAUAGCUAACCUUUUUGAUGGAAAGGGGGAAAAUGCUGGGCAAUCGGAAGCUUUCACCGAAGAAAGUGUUCAAAAUGAUAAGGAAAAGAUUAAUAGAGUUGCGAAUAAAAGCGAAAGAGAAACAAAUCUUACAAAAUUGAUUCAUAUUAGAGACGAUGGUGUUCAACAUCUUUGCAAAGAAGUUGCAAAGAAGAGCAGUAAAGAAGUCUCAAUUCAACCUUUAAUGAUAACUAAGAGUAGUUCAGAAGAGAUUGUAAAACUUCAAUUUCAACCUUUGCUUCCUGUUGGGCAAAAUUUUCAAAAGACUCAAAAAACAGUAAUGAGAAAAGUUAAAGAGGAGCCGGAAAGGACAUUAACAACAACAAGCGAGCAGGACACUCGCAAUAGCAUUGAAGGAGAGAAAAAACGAUAUCACCAAAUACGCGAAGUGAGUUCAAAAGGAACAGAUAUUUCAUUGCAAAAUAUCGAGACUAUGAAGAAGGUUAGCAGACCGAUCGAUCUUGAACGUAUAAGUCCGAUUAAUGGUUUCGAAGAACCAAAUAGAAAUCGCUCAGAUAAUUUGCUUAGGCAAAGUGAGGAAAAUUCCCAUCAUAUUACUAAAGCAAAAGCAAGCUAUCUAAGCGAACGUCUUCAAGUAAAUAUAAACGAUAAAGGAAACUUUUCCGAGAUGAAUGAAAGGAAAAUUCUUCGAAAGUGGAGAGAAAUCCCGGCCGAGAUAAGUAAAACUUUUGAAAUGCGUUUAACCACAGAACGCUCAGAAAUAAAUAAAGACGACUCUGCUAAAACGGAUGAGCGGCAGCUACAGAUCGAUCAGAUAACGACAUCCCAGCCUACAAGCACUCAGUAUUUUUCAUAUAAUGUUGAAGAAGAAAGUAAAGCCGAUAUAUUACAGCUGCUGAAGAAUAAAGCUUUAAGUACCGUAAAGAAAAACCCAAAAGUGUUCGGGCAAUCGAAAAGUAAUUCUACUAAGAGCGAAGAGAGAAUAAAGAGUGAUUUUACAAAUACACAAGAUCUGAAAAUAUUUCUAAAUUCAAAAUUUAAUUCUAAUAGUAGCGAAGAUCGAAAAUUGAAAAUCUCUCAACCGAUGAACAGUUAUGCUAAAAAAAGUGAUUGUGACUUAAAAGAGAAGUUAUCUAAAAUAUGUUUAAAUGAUUCAUUAAAUGAAUUAAAAAGAAAAAAUACAGUUAACCGUUAUAGUAAAACGAAUAAAAAUGAUCAUAGCAAUAUUACACAAAUGUCCUCGAAAUACGAAGCAAAUAUAGAAAAUUACGUGAAAAAUAUUGAACAAAAUAUGACAGAGUAUAGUAGUAAUAGUACGAAUACCACAGAGACUGAAGAAAUUACGGAAUUCGUUACAAAUAAUAUCAUGAUAACUGAAUCAGCACUGAAGGCAACAAAUGAAAUUUCAUCAUAUAAUGAUUUGUGUUGUGAUGGUGCAAAAAAUCAAAACAAUUCUUUAAUACUCGAUGCCGACGGCAUUGUAGAAAAUGAUGAUGUGUUGGCAACAACAACAACAAUCAAACAAGCAUCUAUAACAAAAACACAAACACCUUUAACACCAGAAACUAAUAUAAGCAAUGCAAUAAACAAUAGCAGAACAAGUGGGGCGUUUCAUGAUAUGAUAAAAAUAACGAAAGCCUUUACCAGCAUUCCAACUAUAGCUGACACAGAUAUCAUUAGCGUUUUGAGUGAAAAUAAUAAUAAUAAUAAUAAUAAUUUGCAGUUAUUGGCGGAAACCACAAAGCCAAGUAUUACAAAUUUGUUAACCACAACCGGUACCGCAAUCACUGCACCUAUAAUUGCAACAACAACUGCCGCCACAUCGUUGUGGCCAGUUAAGCAUGCUGCUGUGGUUGAAGGUGAGGUUAUUUUGGGUGGUUUAAUGAUGGUUCAUUCACGCGAAGAUACGAUUACAUGCGGUCCCAUAAUGCCACAAGGUGGCAUACAAGCAUUAGAAGCUAUGCUCUAUACAUUAGAUCAAGUCAAUAAGAAUCAAUUAUUACCUAAUGUGACAUUAGGUGCACACAUUUUGGAUGAUUGCGACAAGGAUACUUACGGUCUAGAGAUGGCAGUAGAUUUUAUUAAAGGGCAUGGUUUUGCCAUCGCAAUCAGCGAGCAACAGUUUAUACCAACCAAGGUUGCGGUAGUGGGCGAUAUAAAAACCGCCAACAAGGAGGAAUCACCAAACUUUGACACAGAAAUGUAUUCAAUUGCCAAUUUUUCUUCAGAGCCUGAAGAGAUGGCGCAACAGCUGCAGCAAGAGAAAAUCAAAACCAAACAAACUUGCCAUCAAUAUCGGGAACAAAUCGAAUCGAGCCACUUACAUAAGCAACGUGAAUGUCAUCAACAGCACGAGAGAUAUUUGCAAGAACAAACGAAAUCCAAUAAACAUCGAAAAUGGCCGCAACGUCAUCAUCAUCCUCAUCCUCAUCCCCAUCCUCACUAUGACUUUACUGAUAAUUUCAACUCUCUUUCCAAAUCUCAUAAUCAUAAUCAUCAUCAUCAGCAUCAUCCGACUCUAAUAAAGACAACAAAAAAUAAUUAUUUCGCUUUGACAUCACGUUCCGGCCGCCAUCGUGGUCGUGUAUCUCAUACGCAAUCUAAUAAAAGCAAUAAAAUAUUUCGCUCUUUGCCGGAUAACAGUGAACAUGAUUUCGAGGAACAACAUUUCAAUCAAAAACAUUUAGUGUCAUCAACUAUUGUUGGCCAGCGGCAUUGGCCUGUCAAACGCGAGGCUGUCGUUGAGGGUGAUGUCAUUUUAGGUGGUCUUAUGAUGGUUCAUUCACGUGAAGAUACUAUUAUGUGCGGCCCAAUUAUGCCGCAAGGCGGUAUACAAGCUUUAGAGGCUAUGCUCUAUACCAUCGACUGCAUUAAUAAGGUUCAGCUGUUGCCAAAUAUUACUUUAGGAGCUCAUAUCUUAGACGACUGUGAUAAAGAUUCUUAUGGCUUAGAAAUGGCUGUAGAUUUCAUUAAAGGUUCCAUUAGCAAUAUCGAUGAUGCUGAAUAUCAUUGCAAUAAAACGCAGGUGCGUAAAGUUAUAUCCGGUGUAGUGGGAGCUGCUUCUUCGGUAACUUCCAUCCAAGUUGCGAAUUUGUUAAGACUGUUUCGUAUACCGCAGGUAUCAUUCUUCUCCACUAGUCCUGAGUUAAGCAAUAAGCAACGUUUCGAAUAUUUUUCACGUACCAUACCAUCAGAUCAUUACCAAGUAAAGGCUAUGGUUGAAAUUGUUAAACGUUUGGGUUGGAGUUAUGUUUCCAUAAUCUAUGAGGAAAGCAAUUACGGUAUUAAGGCCUUUGAGGAAUUGGAAGAAUUACUUGCUCGCCAUAGUGUUUGUAUUGCUGUUAAAGAAAAGCUGGUAAAAGAUUCUGGUGUCGCCGAAGAGAUUGCCUACGACAACAUCGUACAGAAGCUGCUGACGAAACCGCGAGCACGUGGUGCUAUAAUAUUUGGAUCGGAUCAAGAAGUACGUGAAGUGAUGCGUGCUGUACGCCGUAAUAAUGCGACUGGAUCAUUUUCUUGGAUCGGUUCAGAUGGCUGGAGCGCUCGAAAUCUAGUAUCUGAUGGCAACGAACCAGAGGUUGAAGGCACCUUAUCGGUGCAACCUCAAGCUAAUCCUGUGCGAGGCUUUGAAGAAUACUUUUUAAACUUGACUGUGGAAAAUAAUCAACGAAAUCCUUGGUUCGUAGAAUUUUGGGAAGAUCGUUUUCAAUGCCGCUAUCCAGGUAGCUCUAGUACACCGUAUAAUAAUUACAACCGUACUUGCACCACCGAAGAACGUCUAUCACGUGAGAAUACCGACUUUGAAGAUCAAUUGCAAUUUGUUAGUGACGCCGUUAUGGCAUUUGCUUACGCUUUGAGAGACAUGCAUCGUGAUCUUUGUGGUGGCCGACCAUCGCUGUGUGAGGCUAUGAAGCCAACAAAAGGCGGAGAUUUAUUGAAAUAUUUGAGAAAGGUUCAAUUUGAAGGUUUAAGUGGCGAUCAUUUUCGUUUCGAUAAUAAUGGUGACGGUCCCGCUCGUUAUAAUAUUAUACACUUUAAACAAUCAAUUGAGGGACAAUAUCAUUGGGUUAAGGUUGGUGAAUAUUACGAAGGUGAACUAAGACUAAAUAUGUCGGCGGUUCAAUUUAAGCUGUUGCAUCCGAAGCCACCUGAGUCCGUAUGCAGUUUGCCUUGCGAACGUGGCCAGGCUAAGAAAUACGUUGAGGGCGAAAGUUGCUGUUGGCAUUGUUUCAAUUGUUCCACAUAUCAAAUACGCCAUCCAUUGGAUGAAACUCAAUGUUUAACUUGUCAACUUGGUACAUUGCCCGACGUAACUAAGCAAAACUGUCAGACCAUACCCGAGGUAUAUUUACGGCCAGAAUCUGCUUGGGCUAUUGGCGCAAUGGCAUUCAGUUCUACCGGCAUAUUGAUAACAUUGUUCGUAAUUGGAGUAUUUGUCAGACACAAUGAUACUCCAAUUGUUAGAGCAUCAGGACGAGAACUAAGCUAUAUACUCUUGGCUGGCAUACUCAAAUGUUAUGCGGUUACCUUUGCGUUAGUGCUGAGGCCCACAAAUGUCGUUUGUGCCAUACAAAGAUGGUUGGCAUUCGUCCCUUUAUACUUUGGUACUGCAAACCAUGUACCCUUAAGAAUUACUUCAAUGUCAGUAACUAUUAGUUUAUCAGCCAGUGUAACGAUAGCUUGUUUAUUUUCCCCUAAGCUCUAUAUAAUUUUAAUACGGCCCGACCGUAAUGUUAGACAAAGUAUGAUGCCGCCACGCUAUUCCAACGUGCAACGCACUGGUGGAACCGGGCAAACUUCAAUUAUGGCACCAGCCGUCGUAACAGCGGCCACUUGUGCUCAAAACGAGAACAUACAAAAACAUAUCACACCCGGGCAAACGGAACAUUCAAUUAAGGCGAAAAAAUUGUGUGAAAUGGCUACACAAACCAUAACGAUAGGCAGUAGUAUACUAACAAAUUUAGAUAGUCAAACAUAUCAACAGAUACCAUAUGCUGAUGAGCCUUACGUGCCAAAUAACAAUCGUGUGGAUGAAAAAUUCAAACAGCAAACAGACAAAGUCAAUGAUAGCGUCAGCCUAUAUAGCGAAAGCAAUGCUGGCAUUGCCGCUAUGGAUAGUGAUUGUAUUACCACCAGUCAGACAAUGUUGGAAAAUAAUAACAAAAUUAAUCAACAAACACAAGACCAACAAUGUAAUACCUUUACGAAUAACGGCAUCAAUGUGGUUAUGACAACACCUUUGGUAAAUAGAGAAAAUAAUAGUUUAACUUUAACGUGUUAUAAAAGCACGCCAACUCCAUCGUUACCUUUAGAACGUAACAACGAAAAUAAAUUGAAAACGAAUUAUGAUAAAAAAAAAAAUAUUCCCAACACCACUGCUACGACAAGUUUAUAGUCUUCAUUGAAAACCUCACUAUCAACGACAUUUAAUCAGGGCAACUAUUUAAGUGUAGAUAUCUUGCAAUUUUCGUUAUUAUCAACAUCAGCACCGCCAUUAUCAACUGAACGAAUAUCGAAUGCGUCCUCUUGUAUUAAUCAGGAUCACUUAGUUAAUAAUAAGCAGCCAGCUUUAGUUGAGCAAAAUACUACUAUUAAUAAUAAUAGCCAUCAUAAUAACAGUUUUUGCGAUAAUAACGUCAAUGAUAGCAGCAAUAGUAGCAGUAUUUUAACUAAUGAAACUAUAACAAAAAACUCAUUGAGUCGUGAAAGUAAUCCCGUAAAGAAAUCACAACGUUGUGCUAUACCAGUGUAAAGAAGAGAAUUUAUAGUUAUAUAGUUAUAUAUAUUAUAUAGUUAUUGAAAAAAAGAAAACAAAAACAAAAUUGAUUAAUUUUUUAACUCUAAUACACUAUUCACUUACUCCUCACUGUUGCUGAACAUUAAUCAAACCAUAUGAAGUUUACAAUGCGACUGAUUCUCAUGUGAGUACACUCGUAUCAUAUAUAAUUUGUUUUUUUUUUUUAUGUUUCCAUUAAUCGUUGAGCAUUAGAUUUAGGUAUUUGGAUUUUGGUAUUCUUUUUGUAAUACCCAGAAACACUUGUCAAAUAUUUUUUAAAGUAUUCACAUUCGCUCAAUCAUUUUUACAAUCUUAUGUUCAAUAUCGGAAAUUUUAGCUGGGAAAUCUUAUACGAUCUUUCUUUGACGCUUCAGAGGUCACUCUUUGAAGGUUUUGUAGAGACUUUCCCGGAUCAUCUUGAAUGAUUUCUUCGAAAUUCCUGCUACAAUCUCACUUAGAUGAAACAGCAAUCAUAAUUUGAAUUUUGGAGAAAGGACAUAUUCACGCACGUCACGCUUGCGCAAUGCUAACUUGACUAAUUGAAUUUUGAGAGAAAGAGUCAUUGCUGCCUUUUAAAACGUUUCAGUUUAUUUUUUCCGCAUACUUUAUACGUACAAAGAACUUCUUAAUGAAGUUAUGCGUGUGAAUACCAAUUAUAUUAACUUUUAACCAGGUUUCCUUUCACAUGAAAAUGUUUCCACGGACAAAUCAGU